AUGAACGAUCUUCUAACGGAAUCAUUUGAAAUCCCACGUGGCCACAACAGAGGUGCUGACAUUGAGUUAGGAGAAUAUGCGAGGAAUUCAGGAGAAUUGGGCUUGGAUACUUUCUUCAAAAAGGUUCAAGAACUUGAUAAGCAAUAUGCUAAGCUGGAUAAGCUUUUGAAAAUGCUUGAGGAUUCCCAUGAAGAAACCAAAGUUGUUACUAAGGCUCCUUCCAUGAAGGCUAUAAAGGAGAAAAUGGAGAAAGAUGUCGAGGAAGUUAAGAAAACUGCAUAUUACAUAAAGACCAGAAUUGAAGAAUUGGAGAAAGAGAAUUUGGCAAACAGGCAGAAGCCUGGGUGUGGAAAAGGAUCAGGUGUUGACCGCUCAAGAACAGCAACAACCAUUUCUUUAAAAAAAAAACUGAAAGAUAAAAUGGCAGAAUUUCAGACCCUGAGAGAGGUCAUCCAUCAAGAGUAUCGUGAGGUUGUUGAGAGACGUGUUUUUACAGUUACGGGCACAAGAGCUGAUGAGGAGACAAUUGACAGAUUAAUUGAAACUGGAGAUAGUGAACAAAUUUUCCAGAAGGCAAUUCAGGAACAAGGAAGAGGCCAGAUAGUGGACACCUUGGCUGAAAUACAAGAGCGACAUGAAGCAGUUAGAGAUGUUGAAAAGAAGCUUCUUGAUCUGCAGCAGAUAUUUCUGGAUAUUGCAGUGUUAGUGGAUGCGCAAGGAGACAUGCUUAACAACAUAGAAAAUCAGGUUUCAAGUGCAGUGGAUCACGUGCAGCAGGGCAACAAUGCCCUCUUGCAGGCAAAGAAACAUCAAAAGAGCUCUAGAAAAUGGAUGUGCGUUGCAAUCAUGAUACUUCUCAUCUUUGUUAUAAUCACCGUUGUCAGUGUCAUCAAACCAUGGAUUCGCAAAAAUGGUGCAUAA